AUAAAUUAGCAAAAUUGUGCUCAUCAUCCUGAACAUAAACAAAUCGGACAAUUCAACGUGCCUCCCCACCUGUCCUAACCAUCACAUCGCCUGACCGUUUUUCUUCCGCCACCGCCAAAAAUCCCGUCAUUUCACAUUUCCACCGCUUCCCUUUUCAACAUUCUCCGAUCUACUCUCUUGACCUGCUCAAAUCUUGUAUUUUCAUUAUAAAACAGGUACGCAUUGAUUUCAUUUUAAUCUCUUAGAUCUUCAAAAAUUUAAUCAAGAAAACAAAAAAUGAAUUCCAAUUACGGAAAAGGCUCAUCUGGGUCAUUAAACAAUUUCAAUUUCGAUUUCGGAAUCGGUUCAAACCGACCCAAUCAAAUGAAUCAAACCUCAACUACGCAACCAAAGCCAGCUUGGCAACCGAAUAAACCUUCGUGGACUCAUCAACCGGCUCCUACUCAAUCGGGUUUGAAUGGACCCGCCGCUAUGGUGGGUGAUAUAUAUGGCAAGAGCUGGAAUUCAACGGGUUCGGGUUCGGGGAUUGGGAUUGCCGAGAAGAAUCCGAAUUUGUUUGGGGAUCUUGUUAGCUCUGCUUUGGGGCAGGGACAUAAAGGUAAUAAUAAUGUUCCUUUGAAAAAAGUUACACCUGCAUCUAAUCAUAGUUCAUAUUCAAUGGGAAAUUUGGCUAAUUCAUUGCCUAAAACUGGUAAUUCUGCAAAUGUUAAUGUUAAUGUUAAUGCUAGUGGUAGUGGCAUUGGUAAUGCUAAUAUUAGUAGCAGUAGAAGUUCUAAUAUCGGCGGCCCGUCGAUGAAAAAUACGAUGAGCGCAAGUCGAGUUGGAGGAGGAAUGAGUGGUGGAAAUGGGGAUCCAUUUGGUUCUUUGGUUGAUUUUGGAUCGAAACAGCAGUCGGGUAGUCUUAAUUCUGUUGGUAAAAGUAGUGCCAAGACGAGUUCUAGCGAGAAUGAUGGAUUUGGCGUUUUUCAAAAUGCUACGAAAUCGAGUGCCGCGGCAGCCCCGUCGAGUGGUUUUGGUGCAAACAGUUUUGAGUUUAUGGGAUCAAAUGCCAGUUCCAACAUUGGUGAUUUUGGGAUGCCUAAAAUGGAUUUUGCUUCUCAGAAGCAGACUCCUGUUCAAACUGCUAGUGUGGAUUCGUUUGAUAUAUUAUUUCCCUCUUCCUCGGCAGCUCCUACAAUAGCAUCUGGAGGAUUAGGCGGGAAGCAGUUCUCGGAACUUGAUGAUUGGGGAGUGGAUUCAGACUUUGGAGGAGGUGUUGUGGAUGAUGUGGGUGGUAGCACCACAGAGCUAGAAGGGCUUCCACCUCCUCCCGCUGGGGUCACAGCUUCUGCAGCGAAGAAUAAGGGCGUGGAUAAUCAAAAGCAGGGACAAUAUGCAGAUGCUAUCAAGUGGUUGUCUUGGGCUGUAGUACUUUUUGAGAAAAGCGGUAGUAGCGCUUCCACUGCGGAGGUUCUGUCUUGCAGGGCUUCAUGUUAUAAGGAAGUUGGAGAAUAUAAGAAGGCAGUGGCCGAUUGUACCAAGGUGCUCGAAGAUGAUGAUGCAAAUGUUUCGGUUCUUGUACAACGUGCACUCCUGUAUGAAAGUAUGGAGAAGUACAAACUUGGGGCAGAAGACCUGAGGACAGUUCUGAGGAUUGAUCCUACUAAUCGGGUUGCAAGGAGUACUGUUCAUCGCUUAACUAAAAUGAUAGACUCGUGAGAUUCUGCGACCACGCCUGUACUUGUAGCUUUUUUCGUUUCCGUUGAUACCUUUCCCCUUCCAUUAAAAAUGCGGGGAAUUCGUAUAUGAUGUAUUAAAUUACAUUUUUGUUGAUUGUGAUAGAGAGUAAUCAUUGUUUGAAACUGAAAAAUGGCUUUGAAUUUUGGCAUUCUAUUGCAGUAUGUACUUUUGUGAGGAGUUCAGCUGAUGUAUCAUUUUGUGUUAUUUUUUUUUUUGUAAUAAACAUGCAGUCAUCAUUUUCAAAUUUUAAGCUCUCAUAAUUUUAUGUAA